AUGAACCCGACUCCCGCUCCCAGUAGCGUCAACGUACAUGCCACUUUGGGGAUGGUGUUCCUCGGCGCUUGCACCUCAUCCAUGUUAUAUGGAGUCACUUGCUUGCAAACUUUCCAUUACUAUCGCUCCCUGCGAUCCAAAGAUGAUAGAACAGCGUUGCGUGUGCUGGUCGCGUUUCUCUUUGCAGUGGACACGUUUCAUCAGGCCCUUGUCAUCCACAGCGGCUACACGUAUCUCAUCAUCAACUUCGAUGACGUCAGUGCACUAUUCACGUACAAUGUUUGGAGUGUCCCCGCUGAGAUUUUUGGGUUUACCAGCGCAAUCAUGAACUCGUUUGUCGCUAUGCUCCCUGCUGGCCUUCAUAUUACUCAUCAAUGCAUGUCCAGAUUUCUCAUUGCUCGUCUAUAUCGCUUGAGCCAUCAUCGGAUCCUGACAGCUAGUGUCUGCGCAGCCGCGACGUGUGUCCUUAUCAUCACAUUUUCAUGCCUAUUCUUCACUUUCCCAAGCACGUUUGCUGGGUUGUUCGCGCUCCGAGAAUACGUGAUCGCAGGCCUUGCGUCGUCCGCCGCAACAGACAUGCUUAUCGGCUUUGCGCUCUGCUUCUACUUGCAAAAAAGCCGUACCGGCCUCCACCGCUCUAACGAUAUGAUAACAAAGUUGAUUGUGAUCUCGAUGGGAACGGGACUUCUCACAGUCAUAUUCGACCUCGGGGUUCUCAUCACUUUUGUGGCAGCAACGAAUGGUCUGUACGACCUGCUGCUCAGUUUCAUGCUAGGAAAGCUAUACGUGAACGUGGUGCUCACCACCCUCAAUCUUCGAAAAUACGUCCGACACUCAACUGAGGAUGGUAACAUCCACAACAGCGAACACGAUUAUGGAAGACACUUCGGGAUCGACCAGAGCCGAGAAGUAGCAUUGCGCUCGGUCCGACAGUGGGUCCUCACCAAUCGAUACUCGGCAUAA